AUGUUUCGCCAGGUCCGGAUCCAUAAGGAGGAUGCAGAUCUUCAGCGCAUAGUCUGGCGCCCGGAGUUAACGGGAGAAGUCCGUGACUUCCGUCUCUUAACCGUAACUUACGGUACGACCCCCGCGCCAUUUUUAGCGCUUCGUACUUUACACCAACUGGCGCAGGACGAAAGCUCUCGCUUCCCGGAUGGUGCAACCGCUCUACUACGCCACUCUUAUGUGGACGAUAUUUUGACGGGUGCCCACGACUUGGAGGGAGCACGGGAGUUGCAGAAUCAGCUGGUGGCUAUACUUCGAGAGGGCGGCUUCGCCCUGAGCAAGUGGGCGUCCAACGACCCGUCCCUCUGUAUCAGAACCGGACAGGAGGAAUGCGUGCUUCCGGUGGGCGAAGUGGUCAGCGCACUUGGCAUUCGGUGGGACCCAGCUGCCGAUACCCUUACGUUGAAGGUGACUUCACCCUCGGAUCACAAGGCCGUCACGAAGAGGGUGGCGCUCUCCGAAGUGGCUCGUUUGUUUGACCCCUUGGGAUGGGUCGCACCGGUCUUAAUCUUCGGUAAGAUCUUCAUUCAAGAUCUGUGGGUGCGAGGAUGUGACUGGGACGAGCCUCUGGACACGGAGUUGGAGCGUUUAUGGACCACAUUUCGAUCUUCGUUGCCGGUUCUCGAUGGCGUCCGGUUGCCCAGGUGGGUCCAGACGGGUGCGGGGACCGGGGAUACUCAGAUCCACGGAUUCUCCGAUGCAUCGGAGAGAGCAUUUGCGGCGGUUCUCUACUUGAGAGUCGUCAAGCCUUCAGGCCAAGCGCUGACAACGCUCUUGGCCGCCAAGACGAAGGUGACACCUGUGAAGACGCAGAGUGUCCCUCGGCUGAAACUUUGCGGGGCUGUCUUGCUCACCAGGCUUUUGGACAGAGCAACGAGAGUACUCAACCUUUCGGCGAUACCCGUCUUUGCCUGGACGGACGCACAAGUCGUCCUAGCAUGGCUCCGUUCGCACGCUUCGAGAUGGAAGCCGUUCAUCGCGCACCGGGUCUCUGAAAUCCAGUCAACGCUGCCAAGCGAGUGCUGGGGCUAUGUUCAGACGGCCUCGAAUCCUGCGGAUCUGGCGAUACGGGGAAUCCACCCUACCGAACUCUUAAGAUCGGAGCUAUGGUGGCAUGGCCCGUCCUGGCUGCAACAACCACAGACGAGCUGGCCUCGUCUGGACGCACCUCAGUGCACAGCAUGGAAGGAAGAACAGAGAGCCGUAGCAGUACUCACUGCUCACGCGGACAUCGACGACGAACCUCUUUCACGCUCCCUCUCCCUCUUCCCCUCACUCUUCGCUCUGUUACGUGCAACAGCUUAUUGUUUCAGAUUUGUUCGAAACGCUAAAGGAAAGGAUCCCAAGACUUCUGGUUUUCUCACUCAGGCUGAACUGCAGGAUAGUCUAACCGCGUGGGUACGCUACGCCCAAUCGCCGUUCCACUUGGAAGGCGAAGCAUUGAGGGCGGGGCGAUCAAUCCCGGUGCGAUCGACCUUGAGGACGCUUCAGCCCUUUCUAGAUGAGAAAGGUCUACUUCGGGUCGGAGGCCGACUGCAUGCUGCCUUUCUACCAUAUGCCGAAAAGCAUCCCUUGAUUUUGCCGAAGACAGGGCGCUUUACUUGGCUCAUCGUGCAGGAUGCGCACGCGGCCACAAUGCACGGGGGUCCACAGCUAACUCGGAGUCAUCUUCUCCGCAAAUACUGGAUUGUCCAGGGUGGCUUGCUGACUCGGCGCAUCGUGCGGGAGUGCGUGCGCUGCACUCGCUUUCGACAGGAAACUGGGCAGCAGCGGAUCGGACAGCUUCCGUCGGUGAGACUUCGCCCGUCUCGACCCUUCCUUUCGUCCGGAGUGGACUUCGCCGGACCAAUCAAGGUUCGUGCGUCGAAGGGCCGAGGUCGCACGGCAUUAAAGGGCUACAUCAGUCUCCUUAUCUGUUUGGCGACGAGAGCGAUCCACUUGGAGGCGGUCUCUGAUCUCUCGACUGAGGCCUUUAUCGCAGCAUACCGUCGCUUUACUUCGCGACGAGGUCGCUGUGCGGAGUUGAUGUCAGACAACGGCACCAACUUCCGCGGAGCAGACCAGGAACUUAGGCGGAUGCUGAGGGCCGCGUCUGACGCUGGUUCGCACUUGGCGAACGAAGGAACGACGUGGACCUUUAUCCCUCCUCACGCACCGCACUUCGGUGGAAUCUGGGAAGCGGGUGUCCGGUCAACCAAACACCAUUUAAGGCGUAUCGUCGCCGAUCACGCCCUCACUUUUGAGGAGCUCUCCACUGUGUUGUGCCAAAUAGAGGCAUGCUUAAAUUCCCGACCUCUCUAUCCUCUCAGCUCCGAUCCUUCUGAUCUGACCGCCUUGACCCCUGGUCAUUUCCUAGUGGGUGAGACUCUUACGAGCAUUCCUGAGACGAUAACUCCAGAUGAUUUGCCAGCUCCGCAUAACCGUUGGCGUCUACUCACUAAUAUGCGGGAUCAUUUUUGGCGCAGGUGGUCAAAAGAAUACCUGCAUCAUUUGCAGCAGUCAUCUAAGUGGCUGCAAACCAGGAGCAAUAUCCGAGAGGGAACCUUAGUCCUGAUCAAAGACGACCUCCUCCCCCCAACAAAGUGGGCGAUGGGCAGGAUUGUCGACGUCUUUCCCGGACCCGAUGGAUUGGUGAGAGUGGCGGACGUACGAACAGCCUCCUCCGUCCUACGGAGAUCGGUCACGAAGCUGUGUCCACUGCCCGUGCCGAUCGAACAACGAGAGGCGUAG